UACGUGCGCUUGUGGCGUACGUGCGUUUAAAGUUCUUACGUAGCUUAUGCGCUACCUUAAAACAACGCGCGCGGAGGGCUAUAAAAUCGUAAUUAGCCGAAAUAAAGUUUAUGACAGACGGGUCCACGUUACUGUCGAGGAAGUGAAAGCGAGCAGAGCCGGGACGACGACACGCAGCUCGGCUGUUACUGUGACAGGCGGCGGAGAGAGUUACUGGUCUGUCACCGACAUCGAUUCGACUCCGAAGCGCACGCCAUGGCAGGCCAGCUACACCCGCAGCUGCUGCUGUCCAGACAGUGCUGCAGAGUCUUCUCCGUCGUCAGCUCGCACGUUCACACCAGCUCCGGGCUGGCCGCUAAGGACCACUACAGAGUCCUCGUUCUCGGGGGCGGCAGCGGUGGCGUGACGAUGGCCGCGCGCAUGAAAAGAAAGGUCGGCGCGCAAAACGUGGCCAUCGUGGAGCCUAGUGAGAUGCAUUACUAUCAGCCGAUAUGGACGCUGGUUGGCGCAGGGGCCAAAAGCGUGGCAUCUUCUGGGCGGUCAACAGCGAGCGUGAUUCCAUCAGGGGUGACGUGGGUCAAGUCCAAAGUGGCCGAGUUUGAUCCCGAGAACAACACUGUCCGCACAGACUCUGGGAAGAAGAUUUCCUACGAUUAUCUGAUUGUAGCUCUUGGUCUCGAGCUGCAUUAUGAAAAGAUCAAGGGCCUCCCUGAAGGGUUUGAACAUCCCAAAAUCGGUUCAAACUACUCUGUGAAAACAGUGGAAAAGACAUGGAAUGCCUUGAAGAACUUUAAGGGGGGCAACGCUUUGUUCACCUACCCAAACACCCCCAUCAAAUGUGGAGGCGCGCCUCAGAAAAUCAUGUACCUCUCUGAUGCCUUCCUGAGAAAGGUUCAUUCUCAAUCAAUGAGUUCCCAGACAAUGGCUGCAAUCGUUGUUUUCAGUGUAAAGCAUACAGGAAAGAGGUCCAAAGCCAACAUUAUUUAUAACACCUCCUUACCAGUGCUGUUUGGGGUCAAGAAAUACUCCGAUGCCCUGUGGGAGAUCGUGAAGACGCGGGACCUCAACGUAAACCUCAGGCACAACCUCAUCGAGGUCAGGGCCGACAAACAGGAAGCCGUUUUUGAGAAUCUGGACAAACCUGGGGAGACGGAGGUUUACAAGUACGAGAUGAUCCACGUCACCCCUCCCAUGGGACCGCCUGCUGUGCUGAAGGGCUCGUCGCUGGACGACGCGGGCGGCUGGCUGGAUGUAAAUAAGAACACCCUUCAGCACAAGACUUACGCCAAUGUGUUUGGUAUCGGAGACUGCACCAAUCUCCCCACGUCCAAAACAGCAGCAGCAGUAGCUGCGCAGUCUGCAGUACUCGACCGAACUGUCAGCAGAAUUCUGAAGAAACAGACGCCGGAUAAGGCGUAUGAUGGCUACACCUCCUGCCCACUGGUUACUAGCUACAACACGGUGAUCUUGGCAGAAUUUGAUUAUGACGGCCAGCCGCUGGAGACCUUCCCUGUGGACCAGAGCAAAGAGAGCAGGGUCAUGUAUCACAUGAAAGCUGAUCUCAUGCCUCAUUUGUAUUGGAACGGGCUUCUCAAGGGACUUUGGGGAGGCCCAGGACCAUACCGGACCAUCAUGCAUUUGGGAAUGAAAUAGAGCAAACGCUUAUUUGGGAACAAAGCAAAAUUGUAUUCUUUCUCGUUAUUAACAAGUUUCUCUUAGAUGGUGCUUGAUUUGCUUAAGAGAAUAACCAGAGAUGCCUGCUGUUAAAAAUAGUUUUGUAUAAUUUCAGAUUACACGACUAUAUGAUAUAUGAUAAUUUGCUUUAUUUUGUUCCACGUCCUUGUGAUUAAAAAAAAAACACUUUUUUUUCUAAGUAACUUUUUCAUAUUAAUCAGAUCACAAUUUGUUCAUGAAUAUGAAAAUAAAACAGACCUAUAGAUAGACAGACAGACAGAUAGAUAGAUAGAUAGAAAUAAACAGACAUAAUAUAUGAUCAUUUGAUUUAUUUUUUUCCACGUCCUUGUGAUUAAAAACCAAAUCAAAUCACAAUAUGUUUUCUAAAUAUGAAAAUAAAUAAUAGGUUCUUUAUGAAA